AUGAAAAUGCUUUACACAUCUUUGACACAGCUUCAUUUCCAAGACAACCAGAGAAUAAAGCAUGAUAUUUGUAACCUGGAGUUCUCCAUCCCUUUUCAAUCAAUUUUAAAACAUCUAGACAAAAAAGCCACAACCUCAGACAAACCAGCUUGUGUCUAUAUAUAUGGUGAGCCAGGUUGUGGACGUUCAUCAGUCUUGCUGGAUACCUGUGAAAAAUCUAUUCAACGCAAAUUGUUAGCAUCGAAGGUGUGUGGUUUAAGAGUCAGAAAAGGAUGUACUCUAGAGUCCCUCUGGAAUUUGCUGAGUGAAAUCGCAAAGGAAAGAAAGGACCGAGAGACAGCAUCUACACUAACAAACUCAAAAGUCAAGUUGAGCAAAAAAUACAAAGUUGCCCAAGCUUUCAUUUCAGCAAACUUCCAGUUGAUUUGUGUGGAUGAUGCAAGUGCUGAUGGUGGGAUUGUUUGGUCUCAUCUUUCAAAGCUGUUGAACAAAACUAAUAUUGGUGUUGCUCUUGUUUCCAGUGAGCAAGAAUGCAACUUUCCUUUCAAAGAAGAAAUAAAGGAUUGGCAAUUACUCUCUGUGAAGGUCAAAGGUCUUAAUGUGCAGUCAUUUACACUGAAUGUCAGAGAGUUGUAUUCUUCUCUGAAGUUAAAUGAAGAAAUGAUCUCUAAGAUACAUUGCAUAUUGAAUGGCAAUCCUAGAGCUGUCGAUAUUUUGAUUAAUGUUUUCAGGGAAUUUAACCUUCCAGAUAAAAGUUUGCAUUGUGUUUUUUUGUCCUUGGAAAAUGACGGCAUGGUGCAUGAAAUUGGAAAAGAUGAUCUCAAUCCCAUUUUAUUGGUCCUUCAGUUUGUAUUUGAACACCUAACUGCUUUUGAAAAAAGAGUUUACAGCCAGCUCUGCCACCUGCGAGAACCUCUUCCAGUUAUUCAUCUUUCAAAGGAAGCAGAGAAGCUUUUAAGGCUUGGGUUGGUAACUAAUCAAGCCAGUAGCCUAUGUGGCAGCAAACAAGCGAUUAAUUUAGCAUCCAUAUCAGUGGCUCAAUGCUUUCAGCUGAGUGCAGCACAACUUCUUGAUUUCUCAGGUAAUUUAGUGUUAACAACUGAGUUGAAAACGUAAAUUAGCCACCGUAAAGGGUAAAAAAGUUGACGUUUCGAGCAGAAGCCCUUCGUCGAGCGAGUGGAGGAAUUGUGUUUUGUGAGUGAGUUUAUAUGAAGAUAGUAGAGCUACGCCAUUGGUGGGAAUAUGGUGACAAGAAAACAGGAAUAAAUUAGUUGAUUGAAAAGCGCUCGUUGAUUCCGUGGGAUUAAGGGUGCCGAUUUGGAAGAUAAAUUUUUGUUCUAGUGUUUUACGGCUUUCCGAACUGCCUAGAUGUAAGGAAAGGCCGUAAACUGCCACAUGCUGUUUAGAAUGAUUAGGAAGAUUAAAGUGUCUAGCGACUGGUAUGGAUGCGUCCUUGUCAUUUCUUUCCAUAUCGCGAAGGUGUUUUGUUCUAGUGUUUUACGGCUUUCCGAACUGCCUAGAUGUAAGGAAAGGCCGCAAACUGCCAUAUGCUGUUUAGAAUGAUUAGGAAGAUUAAAGUGUCUAGCGACUGGUAUGGAUGCGUCCUUGUCAUUUCUUUCCAUAUCGCGAAGGUGUUCUCGGAAUCGGUCACCCAGUCGUCUUCCUGUUUCGCCGAUGUAUAACUUAUUGCAAUAAGUGCAAGUUAUGCAGUAAAUAACAUUGGCGGAGGUACACAUAAAGUGAUCAGUGAUCUUAAUGGAUCUUUUGGGUCCCGAUAUUUUCUCUACGUUAUUAAUGAAAGAACAAGUUUUGCGUCGUGAGCGAGCGCAUUUGAAAGUUCCAGAUUGGUCAUUGGUUUGAAAUGAACUCCUGACUAAAAACUGGCCUAUGUUUUUGUCACGUUUGAAUGAAAUAAGUGGGGGUUACGAAAAGAUAGUGCCAGUCUCUGAAUCGUUUUGGAGUAAUUUAAAAUUUUUAAGAAUGAUAGAUUUAACUGCGUGGUUGUGAGGGUGAAAUGUAAGAGUAAAUGGAAUGCGGUCAGUAUUAUCCUUCUCAGCCGUUUGUUUCAUCAUUUGAAACUUAAACUUGAUUUUUGAAACUUGGAACUUGAUUUCUCAGCUGAAGAUGAAGCACCAAGCACCUUUGAAUUGUGGUAUGCUCUCUUGUCAAGUAAACUUCAGACACUCAUUACUGAUGCAGAGAGGAAUGCAUGGCCUUUUGUCCCUGAGAAAUGGUAAGUUGAUUGAUAAAAAUUCUAAUCUUUGUUGUUUUCGAAAAUUCUGGUCGUGUCCACCAUUUCUUGUACAAAUGGGGUUUAGUCUCUCAAGGAGCUGUUUUAGGUGUUGCUUCAAAAUUCAAGGGAAACGACUACUAUAUAAGGCAAUGAUUGUGUCCCUGCACAACCUUAAGAUUAAUAUUGAUCUUCCCUGGUUGUUUUGGACUUGAAAAACAUUAAACACUGGCAGAUAAUCCACACUUUUCCCCCAAAAUUGUUCGUAAAAAAAUAAGGGUUGUGGCUUAUCUGCAAUGCAUCCAGAAAAAGUGCAGAAAAUAUUCAUAAGUUAACACCAUUCAUCAAAAAUUUCUACUUGUAAGUCUGUCUAGCAAAUUUUAAAACCAGAAUUUCAUAAAGGUAUACCAGGGUACACACUGAUCAUUGCUUAUGCAAGGUUGGAGGCUCCUCGAAGAGCCAUUUGUGUUCAUGAACAUUAAUGUGGUGGCCAACACAAGCGAAGCAAAUGUUCAACGACAACUAUGAGUUUUGCAAAUGAAGAAACACUAUGAAGCGAAGAUAUAUUUUACGGACAAGCCUUGAAUCGUUUUAUUUAACGUAGUCAAAGUAUUCAAGGACUUAUUGUAAACCGAAAUAUGAAAUUAUAUGGAAGAAGCUAAGCUAAAUUCUAAUAUACGAACCAACAUUCCAAUCAUUCCGAUAUAAAGGCGAGAUCCAAAAACUAGCUAAAACUCAAAAAGAAACUCACGAAAAGACUAUCUUGAAAGAAUAAAGGAGAACCGCUUGAAAACGAACUCUAACAAAAACUAAUAACUAAAUAGGAAAAACGUGUAGUGCUCUAACGAAACGUGAACAACGUAAGCCACGUGUUACGAGGUUGCGAAAACGAGCGAUAAAGAAACUAGUGUAAAAACUAGGAAAAACUACCAAAAGACUAGAUAUAUAGGCAAGCACAAGGAAAGGAACAUAGGCACUUACAUAAUAGUCCCGCUUGUAAGAGUUUAACCAAAACGAACUUCAAGAUAAGGUGGGCAAAAGGCGCUCUUCCGAUAAACACGUCUUAUCGUUAGCCCAAAGUAAGACAACUAACUAAAAUGCGGUUCUGGGUGGAACUUAAAGAUCACGUCCCUAAUGGACAAACAGUAAUGUCAUUAUUGCGGUUAAACACAUUUAACACGAAACAAGCUUACUGUGAAUCAAUGCCUGGUGGCAAAGGCGUGGUAGCCGUUAAAAUUAAUUUAUAUUUAUUGCUGACUGUUGAGUAGUGUUAAACUGUCUUCACCGACUUAAGAGACCUUUUAACCAGUUUAAUGUCGUCUUCCUUGAGCAGCUAAUUAUUACUCGGCAAGAAAUCUCCAAUACCUCACAAAGCAGUAAAUUUAAACUAUCACUUCAAAAGUUUUGUUAAUCCAUUAGGUACCCCUUUCCUAACUAAAUGCAAGACUACUAUGCUACAGAAAAAUUAAAGAUUUCCUGUUUACUUAAUGCUGAUUGGCUGUGAUAGAAGGCAUUUUUCAUUAUUGGAAAUUAGGUCUUCUGCUGACAGUCCUUUUCAUACAUUGCCCGCAGUGGUUCGAUCCUGUAUCUACACACUCCCACUGCUCUAGCUGUGAACCCUCAUGAAUAGCCUGACCCUUUUAACAUUGAAAGCUUAGUAUUGGCAAUUUACCUUAACACGAAUGUGCUAUCUGUCCAAAAGUAAGAAUUGCCAGAUAAUACGUAUAAUCCAUGAUGGAUUAUUUGAUUCAGUCUUGUGGCUACUCAUACCGCAGACAACUCCAAUUGGGGAAUGCUGACAGAUUUCUGCAGCAUUUGUUAGGAAUUAUUGAUUAGAAAUGAACAGCCAAUGUCUCUACUACCGCUCGUCCUUUCUGAGACAAGUUGAAUGAGGUGUGUGACCUGUUUGAUGCAGCAUGACCAAACUUCUUUGGUUCCAAACAAAGAUUAAUGCCAAAUUUUCAUACAUUAGGUGUAUUCCCUUGGAAUUUUAUGUACGCGCUGUAUAAGUCUAUAUAAAUCUAACAUAGUGAAAAGUAACAAAAAAUACACUCUUGAAUGAGAUAAAUAUACUAAAAAUUCUCAUUGUUCACGCACUUAAGAGGCUCAGUAUAUAAAGCUAAAAUCUAUUCUGUCAACUAUUAUAUCACUGUAUUUAUUGGUUACACGAAAAUCCCUUUACAGUUUCACAGUUCUGUGAAAUAACCCAUUUCUGGGAAUGUUCAAGUGUUAGCCUUGUUACUUUCGGCCCAAAUUACAUGUUCAGUUAUUUAUCUUGGUCUAAGUAUGCACAAGACUGUGGCGCUAUAAUCAAAAUUACAGUCUAUGCUUAGUUCUUCUACUUACUUUUUGGCAUCUUUAAAUAUGGAUCUUAAAUGACUUUGUUCUUUUUUCAGCUGCUAUGACUUUACGAGUUUGAUGUGUUGGUCUUUAGAAUUGUUGAUGUAGUGGGCUAUUUUCAACUUGGUGUUCUUGUAUAACUUUUCUAAUUCGACUCAUCCUUUCCCUCCUUUUUUCUGGCUGUAAGUAAAGUGAUGGUGUUAAUUUAUACUUGUGUUUUUUGCUACAGUCACUGAUAACUUUCCUUGUUAGUCAGUCGAGUUCUUCGAGGAGAUUGAGGCGCCAGUUGGUGGUCCACAUACAGUACUGUUAGACAGGUACAGCAUAAACUUUAGUGGUACGGACUUUGCGUGGUAUUGACAAUGGAGAAGUCCAAACUGCCCAAAGUCGAUUCUUUCACUCCUUGGAAGCUUCUUCAAUAACUUUAUUCUCUAAAUGCCGAGUGUUCUAGUACUUUCCUAGGAAUUUAUAAUGAUCUUCAUUGCCUAUAAUGGGAUAAAGCAGUUGUUACUUACAGGCAUUUCAGUGGAGUUGUCGUUGAUUGCUAGUGUUCCUUGCUUCAUAUGCGUUGCAGCACACUUGUUGAUUCCCCAUUCUAAACCAAAGUCUGCAAACAUCUUCUUCAGCUUGCUUAUCACAGUUACUGCCUUUUGUUCAUAUUGAUGGCAAGUUUUCAAGUAAUCAACAAAAAGGGCAUAGGUGAUUUUUCCGUGUGGGGCAUGUGAUAGUUGAUAUCCUUUGGUACUCCUAAGUUACCAUGCAAUUGGUUAAGUGAUGGAGUGAAAAGUCGCACACAGAAAGACUUUGAAGGGGCCAAUGGUUUCUUUGCCUUGAUGGAUGAGGUCUGCAUUUAUGUCGUGCAUUUCAAGAGUUUUGGCGAUCCACUGGUGCGGGACAGAGUCGAAUGCAUUUUUCACGUCUACCCAGGAACAAGGUAGGUUCUUCUUGUGAAAGUGGGCGUCUCCUUAUAUCAUCUUAUCAAUCAGCAGGUUGUCUACGGUGCCCAUUGAUUUUAUUUUGCCUCCUCUUUGAUCAAUUUGCAUUAGAUUGUACUUGUCCUCGUGCACUGGUAGAUGGUGGUCAAUCACUGACGUGAUGAGCCUAUAUAGGGUGUUUAAACAGUUUAUUGGUCGAUGGUCAGAAGCGGAAGGGUCGUCUCUCUUCCGAAUCAUAACACUUCUUCCUAUCAUAAGCCAAGCUGGUAUCUCUAGUCUCUCAGUAAGUAUGGUGUUCAGAGCUGUUGUGAUGUCUCCAUCAAUGGUAUCCAUUUUCUUUAUCCAAUAGUUAGUGAUUUUGUCUUUACCUGGCAAAGACCAGUUUAUCUUGUUUUUAAUGCUGUUGGUGAUCAUUUCUUUCGUCAUCUUCAUUAGAUCACUUAGGUGUUUAGUGUUUUUUAAGGGCUGUUUCAGUAUCCUUUAUCCAAUCUGCCUCAAUAGGUACUUCGCUUGCACUCUCCCAUAUUGGUCUCCAGAAUACUUUAAAUUCUUCUGUUAUUGUUGUUGCUGCAGUGGGGGUGGUUUCUUGAGUAGCAGAAGAUGGCUUUUCUUUACCUAUAUAUUGUGGCUGUUGGUUUGUUUCCAACGAUUUGACGAUGUUAUUUAAAUGGCUGUAGAACGAACUUUCAUCGACAUCAAACCACUGGUUGGUCUUGAAUCUCUCAUAGGCUGUCUUCUAUCUUUCCUUCUGUCUUUUCAGGGCUCUGAUGGUGUUAAUCUUUCUUUCCUUUAAAUUUGUCAAAUUUGCGAUGGUUAUUCUUCCUUAAAUGUCUUUAAUUAUUUAGGAUCUGUUUUUCUUCAUUCUCGACGUUAGUUGAUGAUUAUUGCGUAUUCUCUUUAAUUCUUUGCAUAUCUGAGAAAUUUGUUUUUGAAGAUUGUUAAUUUUUCUCUCUAUGUUAAUCAUCCAUCGCGGUUUCCCGCUAGUUUUGGUGUUUACAUCCUACUUAUUCAGUCCCAGUAUCUUUCACAAUGCCAUCGUAGAUACACUUGGCUGCUUGCGUUAUUUGGGAUACAAAUCUUCAACUGUCCAGUCACUGCUUUGUUGUUGUUCACUUGUUUGAUCUUCGAUUUCUGUCUCUUUAUUGUUUGGUCUUUGUUUCCUGGUUUCUCUUUGUUCUUGUAGCUCAUUUGUUAUGCGUAGUGCACAUACCUUUCAAGUUUUAUUUAGAUGUGUUAAUUUUUCCCUUAAAAAUUUGUGCUGUUUUUCCAAGAUUUGUAUCCCUUCUCGUUCCAAAACUUUAACGUUGACAGCAUGAUUCCAUUCUUUCUUCCUUUUUCAUUAGUAGGUCAUUCUUUCGAUGUGUGUUGUUGUCUAGCUUUAUCUUUACAAGUUAAUAAAUCAAUGCACAUUUGCUCCGUCCAUCUUGUCCAACCAUGUUGGAUUCUUUCCGCACUCACUUUGCAAAGAAUUGUAUUUCUUGAGUCACUUUGAGCGGGCGAUAGGUUGUAGUUGAUGUUAACUGCCAUUAAGAUGGAAUAAAUUUCCAAAAAACACAUUUCAAGAGUGUUUUAGAACAAAUUUUUACGGAGCGCGAAGACUGUGGUGUUCACAGCGUGAUUAUUACAUAAUUUUUUAUUUUUGUUAUUAUUAUUACUAUUAUUAUUGUUUAGUUUUAAGCCCUUUUUUGAUGCUCUUUCCAGAAAUUACUGCAAUCGUUCAUCAUGUGUUGUUUCAUCUUCCGCGCCGAUUACGUCAUCCAUUAUGACCUCAACACCAUCCAGGUCUUCAACCAUCUGGGCCAUGGUUCUUUGGAAGAUUUCCGGGGCACACUUUACGCCGAAGGGCAGCCUUGUGAACCUGUAACGACCAAUUGGAGUGUUAAAGGUGCAUGGAGGCGAGGACUCUUCAUCUAACUUUAACUGCCAGAAGCCACUUUUGGCAUCUAGGAUGCUGAAAGUAUGAGCACCUUGAAGACGGCUAGCAACUUCAUCAACAGUUUUCAUACGGUAGUGAGACCUCUUCAUGGCAGCAUUUAAAUCUCUAGGAUCAAUGCACAAUCUCACUGAACCAUUGGACUUCUAAACUACUACUAGUGAGUUCACCCACUCUGUCGGUUCCUCUUGGCGCACAAUAACUCCGAGCUUUUUCAUCCUUUUCAGUUCUUCAACAACUUUCUCUCGCUGAGGUAUUGGUAUCUUCUUUGGGGAAUGUACAACAGGGGCAGCACUAUCAGCCAGUUCAAUGCGAUAUGUCCCAGGCAAGCAUCCUAAUCCUUUGAACAACUCUGGAUAGUCAUCUAACUCCACCGUUCUUGCAGGUGGUGUGUCGCUGGUCAGCUGGUGAACUCUCUUUAGUAGGCCAAGUUUGACACAGAUGUUUCCAUUAAGCACUAAUUCCACUUCGGGUUCUACAACAAAGAACUUGACCUCUUCGACAUUAUCUUUGUAUUUUUCGCUUCAACACCACUUCUGCGCAAGGUGUUAGUCUGUGCUUUGAGAGGGAAAUCAACAUAGUGUUCGUCUUUGUCAGCGGUGGUCUUCGCCUGUGAUUGUCUUAGGUCUUCGGUGACAUAGCAAUAGCCUUUGCACUAAUAUCUAGCUGGAAGCGAACUUCAGUAUCUUCCACUAAAAUAACUUCAUAAAACUGCUCGUCUUCUGGAACACGGCUUAACUUAACUGAGUAAACAAACAGCGAGUCAUCUUCGCUUUCUUCUUGGUCGGAGUCCCCUUCUGUUUCCUGGUCGGAGUCGGCUACUACUGAAUGGACCUCCUUGGAUAAACAGAGUUUUGAGAAAUGAUUCAUCUUUUUGCAGUGUCUAUACUGUUACCCCAUUGCGGGACAUUUCUUGUGGGCUUUGUCAUAACCACACAGUCCGCAUUUGUAUUUCGAUUCGACCUCCUCCGCUUCGGCGGACUUCUCGGUUUUCCUUUUGCUUUUAUUUGAACGCUUCUGACGAUUCCAGGGCGGACAUUUUUCCUGAUUUUGACUGAUUUCGAUGGCCUUUUCACAUGUCAGCGUGUCUGCUUGAUCCAGGCAUUUCUCACGCACUUUGGAAUGUUUACAACGAAAAACGAUCGCGUCUCGAACCAUACGUUCUUCCUCUUGAUAGCCACAAUCCUUAACUAGAAUUUUCAGCUCUGUAAAAAACGAGUCGAAGCCCUCAUUGUCUCCCUGACGUCUUUCGUUAAAUCUCAAAGCAGCCAUUAUGUGGUUUUUGCGUGGCGCACAAUAUUCUUCGAAUCUCUUCGGUACGACCUUCAAUUUCGCGGUAUCUUCGGGUUUUGGGAAUGUGAAUCCUUCGAAUACAUUCAACCCUUUAUCGCCUACCCACAGCUUCAGGUAGCUCACGUGCUCGUUCUCUUCUUUCUUAUGCAACGGGCCGUCAAGAAUGCGUUGUGCUUGUCGGCUGAAACGGCGCCAUUCUUGAUGCAAAUCUUGAACGGUCCACGAUAUCUCCGGAGGUUUGAAUUUCGCCAUUGUGGCUGUUUUCACAAUCUCCGGGAAUUCUGUGUUCUAUUUCCAGUCAGCUGUUAGCUUGAUAGCUUGUUUUUCGGCGUGGAAAAGAACCUCUUCCUGACACCAUGUAUUAACACUCGUUAAAAGAUGGCUGACAACUCCAAGUCAUUGUUCCAUGUGCUCAGUCACGUGAGAUACAUUGUGACUGACUAGGGGUGGAAAGUAAACCUGUUACAUUUUAUAUCACACAAGCCUGCUGCUUUGGACACUCAACUACCUUCUCACUACAGGGUACCCACCCUCAUGCUGAGCAGUGGCAGGGCAUGAACAUAACUGCAUUUCAGUAAUCCUUAUGUGGGCCAAGACCCAAGCAAGAGAGAAGAAAUACUCAGAGAGAACCAUCAUAAAGCUGAAUAACUGAAAACUUGGCCAGUGAAAAUGUCCAACUUCCCUCAUUUUUGCCAAUUUUAUAAUCCCAUUUACUGGGAAAGCAAACUCUUAUUGAGCUAUCCCAUUCUUACAGGUACCAGCUAUCCUAAAACAAUAACAUCUAUCUUUAACCCUUUCACUCCCAAGAUUUGAUUGUGAAUUCUCCCCUCUUGCUGCUAAACAAUUCAUGUAAAUUAGUUACGAGAAUGUGGUGUGAUGGUCACGUGACUAAAGUACUCAGGGGGCUGGGGUGGGGUAGCUGUCUACCCCUUACACAAGCCAUGAAGCAAUUCAUAGAAAGAACCACUCAAAUAAAACUAAGAAUAAUCUUUCAAAUUAAAUUAAGUCCAUGUUUAUCUCCCUCAAUCAAUAUUAUUAGUUAUUAGCAGAGCUUUGUACCUAAUAUUUUUACACAAACACCAGACAAAGUUCCCCACUGUGUACCCAGCAAAGGCUCAUGCUUGAAGAAUAAGCUUGUGCACAUUCAACAUGGUUAAAAUUCCCUCGUUUAUUGAGGUACAGUUUCUUUUAAAUGCUCCAAUGUAAGCAUUUCUAGUGAACCACUAUUUGAAAUGUUAUUCAAUGUAAAUUUUUCUUACAGGCAAUACUCUUCCAGUGUUGGACCAGAAGAGAGGUACAAUAUUAAGGAUCUACUUACAGCUAAGAAUUCUACUGCUCCGCUCUUAAAUGAACUUGACAUUAUGGAGGUGGGUAUUUUGUAAAUUUUUUAACCCUGUUAUAGAACUAUAAAACUUUACACAAGUCUACCUUCACCCUGAAAGAGACUCAAUUUUGUUGCAGUGUCAAAAACAUUGAACUGUUUAUAUUCCAGCCGUAUGUUUUAUGAUCAAAUGCAGUCAGUUAAAAUGGUUCAUAUAUAACAACAACUUGUAGAAAGUUGUUCAGAGUUAUUUUGCAUUAUUUGAUUUUUAAUGGUCUUUUAACAAAACCCUGGAUUACUAUAUUAAUGAGGAUUUCAAUGCUUUCUGUCAAUUGUUUCAAGGAUGAUGUCAAGUAUUUAAAAUCUAUUUACAAGGAUGUACUUACCAGGAAAAUAGUAGUCACCCAAAUCACAUUUACUACAUAGUAGUAGAGGUCACACUCAUGACUACAAUCUCAAGACGACCAGUAAUACUCUGGCGUGUAGCAACUGGAACAUGAGCCGUAUGAAGUGUUGUGGCUCAUUUAUUGCCUUAAAUUAAGAAUGCAGUGUGUAAAUGCUAAAAGUAGUAGUAUAUACAUAUAAUAUUGUUAAAUAGGGUAAAUAUUUGAAGGUUGUAUUUUAUUUCUGUAAGUCAGGUUUUUCAAUUGCAAUAGAGAAUAACAAACAAUUUAUUAUUAUUAUUUUUAUUAUAAUUACUCAAGAUUUUGUAGAGUACUUUGUGCUGGACUUUGGCAAGGUUUUAUUUUGGUGGUGGCAGAAGAUGGUGGAUCAGGCAAACUAUUGCAUCAUUUGGUGUGCUUGUCAACAGUGGAAAGAAAUUGGUUACUCCAGAUUUUGGUGGAUUUGUAACAUUUUACAUGAAGAGAGAAGCACAUAAUUCAAGUUAAGAGUAAAAAGAGAAAGAGCAUUUAAUUUGCACUUGAAAGGAGAAGAGGUUUGAAACAAUACAUUGAAGCAAGCUCUACAAUUACAGGUUGCCAGAAUUGACAUUCCAAAAGUUGAUCUCAUAUUUGCAUAUUGAUGAAGUCAAGCUAUAACUAUGAUGUUAAAGGAUUAUUUUGUCCCCAAAGUGAAUUUCCCUUUGUGAGACAAUUGUGUAUUGAACAAUUCCACUAGAUGACUCUCCUCUGCCAAACUAUGAAUAACACUAUAUUAAAUACAAAAUAAAUCACUUAGAUGUACAAAAAGCUGUUAUAGACAAGCUAACAUAUCACAUCUUAGUGUACAUCUAUUGAAUAACAUACAAAAGAUUUUAGAAGUGUAUUAGAAUUAGGUUUAUAGUUUCAGCUCCCAAACAUUGAAAGAGAGUGCUGAAUAGCCCUGAUGCCUUGUCCUCGGAAGUUUUUCCUUCAGAGGCAACCACCAGUCUAAUCAACCUGUUUGAGCGUUAUUUCAUGAUUCAUUGCUGUUUCACCUAAGGAAGAUAGUCUAGACAUGUGUUGCUGUUGCUUUGAAACAUAAGGAGCUGGUAAUCUUGCCUUUUGCUGAUUAGAGGUAAUUCUUAAUAUGGUGGCCAGGAAGAAAAGCUUGCAUUAGUUAAUUGAGCACAAUGCAAGCAGUGAGUCAGAAAUUGGUUAGGGUUAAGGGUGAAGGGUAAAACACAAGGGAAGUUGAGUUUGGAGAGAAUCAGAAAGCCUCUGAUAAUUGUUUCCUGAGAACUGAGAAAGUGAUGCAGCAUUCCCCUGAUGUUCUUGAUGUGGCCGUUCCCCCUGAGAUGUUUGUCCAUAUGGUCACUAUGAUGUGCUUCAGUUGUGGGUAGGAAGACCAUUUCACUCAAGAUAAAUAGUGCCAGGUGUUUGGUCAGACUUAUGGAAAGUGCGGUGGCAAGUGCGGCGGCAAGUGUCUUUUCAAAAUUAGUAUCCUUAACUUGUAUGGCGCGGCACCAGCUAUUCAUAAACCAUAAGGAACAUAGAACGGCGGAGGAAAAAUUAGCAGUGGUAGCAGUAGUGCUGGUGGACCCAGUCGAGACGUCUUCGUAGCUCCAAUUAUGCAAUUUCAACGGCAAAUUUGAUUUGUGAACACAAGAAGCAAAGUAGUGGUCUGGUAACGGUGGUCAUGAUGGGCUAGAAUUGCUUGAUGUUCUAACUAAUUAAGGGGUUACUUGCAAUGUUAUGGGGCACCAGACUCUGAGCUGUUAAAGUGAGUCUUACAAGUCUGUGAGACAACGGUUUGCAUUUUUUGUUUACAGUUAAUGUCAAGGGGCUGGUGAGGGUCAGCCAGUGGUUCUACACUUGACCAACAUCUGAUGCAUGUGCUUGUCGUACUCCCCUCCUGACAUCCCUUAACUAACAAUACCAUCAGCAGUCCCAUUAGCAGCCAGAUGGGGAACUGAGGGUGGAUGGGUGGCUUGGUUCUUUAUCGAGUGCAAAUAUCUAUUAGCGACAUUUGGCAUCCACAAGGGAGAGAAAAUUGGCACCAGCUAUUUGGGAGAAGCUCUUAGGGGGUUGGGAUCAUGGAUGCUCUCAGGAAGUAGCUUUGUAUAGAUCUGUAGCGUUGAGGCAUUUUCACAGUUUACCAUUUGGAUUUCCGUGGUACACCAAACUGCUGACUUAGGCGGUUGGUUUACUUUCUGUUAUACCUUAAGAUUCCAUAUCAGCCACCCCGUUUCAUUAUGUCGUCAUGCUGACCCAGUGGUAUGUAUGGUUGAGCAUGUACGACCGGGCGCACUUGUGAGUCACGUGCGUUUCAAAUCGAUCCUAAGUUUUCGUAGGUUUUGUGCGACUCUCUGCAUUUUCCAAGGCCCAGCUGUUUCAGGUUUCUAAUCCUUGAAUGUCAAUCUAUAAAAAUAAAAUAAUUUUUCUCCGACUUCUUUUAGUAUGGCCCACUGAUAAACAGGUGGCAUUAUUGUUUGAAUUUGACCAAUUCAUUUCGCACAUUUGGUGCAUUCCAAUUAUUAUUUGCGGUUUUGAAUCCCACAGCUGUGUUCUCUUAUGAAAUGUGUUAGACGGCUUGAAGAUCAGAAAUGUCGACUUGUAACCAAAAUCACCUUGUCUCCAAAUUAAAUGAACUGGACAAAUACAUAAAUCAAAGAACAAAAGAAAAACCCUAAGGGUAGCUUCCCAGUGCUCACUCCGCUUGUUAUGUGACCGGAAGUGCUUUUAGAUCACUUGGCUGGAAGUGAACAUUACAUGCAGCGUAUUUUACUGCAAGCACGACAAAGCAAUCACUUGGUUGCGAUUUCGCCGUUUCCACGGAGAUGGUCAUAAGUCAUGGGGAUGGUCAUAAGCCAUAGGAUUGUUGUAUUUAAGGAGGCCGUGAAAGCUUAUCUGGAGCUGAGUUUGUGUUUAUUUAUCAACCCUUGCUUAUAUUAUUUUUCUUUCUUCUCGCAGGAGUGCUUGUUCCAUGCAAUGAAAGAGAAGAAGUACCGAACUGUGGGAGCAUUAGUGUUUGUUAUGGACAGAUUCACUUAUUGGCAAGGAAUGUCUAAUAGGACUCUACAAUUUGUUGAAUAUUUGAAGACCAAUAGUCCUGACAUACCCAUUGCACCUCAGUUACUGAUAAGAAAUGUGAGAAUUAUGAAAAACGCAGGAAACCUACAAGGUAUCUGUAAGUUUAUUUUUGGAAAGUUAUUGUUGUGAAAAUAGGCUACUUGUUGGUAAAUUGAAAUUCCCUAUUUUAAGUUACGGCCAGAAACACCUUACCUGAUUUCGAGGUAGCUUCCAAAAGGAUUUAAGAAGAUGUUUGGUAGUAGAUCCUGUCUUUGGUAAAGAAAAAGAAGCUAGUAAACAGAUAAUAACCAAGCACCAUUCCAAUAAAUUAAUUGGGUAUCAAGUGCAAUGAGUAAAGGAAAUCUUCGCAUUUUUACUUUUCAAGCAUCAGCCUCGUAUUCGAUCAGUGAUUUUCUGUUGCACCAACAUUUUUAUUUUAAGCGGCCUUUGUCUUGUCAAAUAAUACCACGCAGUGUUACCAUAGGAGUAGCCCAAAUAUUCCUUGAUUCAUACGGUAAGGCAUUGCGUCCAUCUGGCCGGAGUAAAUAUGGAGUAAUACACCCCGAGUAAUCAACAGUUUGUCCUUGUCCCUUUAGGUGCAGAGAAAGCUCUUGACGAUCUCCUAGAUCAGAAGGCACAAAUCGGUAAAUGGAUUUACCAGACGGAACAUGAUCGUCAACUUGUGAGGGCAGUGUGCUUUCAAAUCAAAGGUGAUAUUCAGUACAACCUGGGGCAAUGGACGAGAGGGGCAAAGCAUUUGAUGGAUUCCGUGGUUUUGUUCAGGUAUGCCUGGAUUCACCCGUCAGAAAAGACUGAUUUUAAUCGCCAUAUGGAUAUCUAGAAUCAUGUCACGGGGAGCAGAGCGGAAAAGGAAUCCUAUUUAACCUUGAAUAUUCCUAUUUUUAUUUGUAUGUAAGCACAGUUCACAGUGAUUGCAAAUUAUCCUUUUGUGUUGAGUAAAAAUCCCAAAAUUGUCCAAAGUGAAAAAAAAAACUGAAAUACCUUCUCGUUACCCAGUCAAAUAUAAUUGGUUUUUGGUCUGUUUGAAUGUGUUUUCAUCAAUAGACUUUAAAUUUCUCUGUUUUCUUAUUCCUUUCAAUUAGCUCACUUCCAAUUCCAGAUACAAAAGGAAUCUCCUCCAGCCUUGCUAUUCUCGGUAACUGCCUUCAGCUAAUGAGUGUAACUGAGUAUCUUCCUGUUUGUCACAUGUAUGGUCUCACAGCCUCCCAUCCAUUGCUUCAAGCCUAUUACUGCGCUUGCGAAGCUGCUAGAAGAUCACAAUACACGCCACUGUUUUAUGCCAGACAUAAGGUAAGUGUAUUAAGUACCUUACAGUGCAUCCGUUGAGUCAAGCGUUUAGUAGGAGUAAUGAAAAGGUUCUUGUAUAUUCCAUAGAAGAGAUUAUUUUGUGAACUGUUGUGAUAGCUUUGAAGUGUAUUACAGCAUUUUCUGAUGAAUCGAGUUAAAUAUUAGUCCAAACUUUCAGUGCCCAGGUGCGUCUUUCUCCCCUUCGCCUCUUCCUUUUCUUUCUACUCAAUGUCCGUGAAAACAUUGAAGAGAAAAGUUGUAAUCAAAUAUAAUCCAGACCCGUUAUUCCCAAAUACCAAAGCUAUAGCUAAGUUGAGGAAGAAAUGAGCCUUGAGGAGGAAAGGGUUGGGACCCUUGGAAACUAGCGCGUGCCCAUCACUGCUAAGAGUUGGGAGGCUGGUGAUGUCCGGUGCAAAUCUAUUUUCAGCUCACUCUUUAAUCCGACAUCGUUUUCCGUUUGCUCAUAAAGAAUUCGAUUUAUUUUUAUUCGUGGAAAUGUUUACUUUGUUAAAAGUGUAUAAGUAUCAUUACAAAUGUAUCGUAUAAGCUCUAAUAUUUGUUUAAGUGUUACUAGUUCUGUCGGUGUUUGUGUUAAUUUCGGCGACGAUACACAUCCAUUUCGGGUGAGUAUCGCGUCAAGCCCCUGCUACCACGUGAAUUGUUUUCUCUUUGCACAUUUAAUUCCUUUCAGGAAGAGGUUUGCACAAACAGGUGACUAUGGUGAGAGUUAUUUUGAUAGCAAUACUCUAUUUUGUGUCCCAUUUAGUGUCAGGCCGGGGAACGUUUGUUGCAUUACUCAAAAGUGAUUCCAUGUGGAGCUACAAGGAAAAACUGUCUGAUUGUUUCCAUUCAAGAUUUCAAAGACAGCAUUCAAGCUCACAAAGACCUGCAGUCGUUGAAAAGCCGAGAGGAGUUCUUUGUCUUUGUUUGUGCAGUUUAUAAGCUUGGCCUUGCAUACGAAGAGUUGUCAUCAGAAACUGGUUGCACUGAACAAGGGAAAGAAAUAUUACGAAUGUCGAUGUCAAUGUAUGAACACUACUGCCACUUCAGCGGUAUGAUCAUUUUGGAUGACGGUAUCGCCACGCUGAUUGCUCACUGUCUGGGUUUUUUAGGGUUGCCUCAGUGGUGUGCAGAUCCUCAAGAUGACAGCAAAAAAGCCCUCUCCCUAACUGUUGACGAAAACCAGUGUGGAGACACGGGUAAGUCAGUUUUUGUGCAUUCAAGGGUACUGAAUGACUGCUCGAUAGGUUCCGUGGAAAGAAGUAUCCGAACCGAUGAUCUCGAAACUCUUUUGGAGGUGCGCCGCGGAGGACUUGUGGUCACGGAUAGCUUGACGGCGAAAAAGCCCAAAAAUUCCAACAGCGCUCUUGCUAACCCAGGAGCAAGGCCACCAGUGACAAACUGCAUUGAUUCAACAGUUGAUAGGAGUUGUAAAACAAGGGAAAGCAGUUCAACUAGAGAUUCCCCAGAACCAGCCACUGAUGUAUCAGGUUACAGCUUUGAAGUGACUUUCGACACUGUAGAUCCCUGUGUUAUAAUUCAACACCUGGAACAGGAGACGGUGGCAAUCAGCAAUGAUAAGUUUCUAACUCAAACCAUAAACAAUCCAAGGCAUAAAGUUCAAGGUAACUAAUCUACAGUUCACUAACCUAUCUAUGUUACAUCUACCAUGAUACUAGUGUGUUUACCCGACUUAACCACGGGUUGAGAUUUUAGCGUAUUAAGAAAUGGCCCAUUGUUCCGGAUCAACUUUUCCAAACAAAACUCUUGAGUAAUUGGUAGUCCUGGGGACUUUGGCCGAAGGGAGGCGGAAAAGCUCAUAAGUGAUCGAGAAAAUUAUCGGAGUGACAAUUUUUCUGCACUGGGGGAGUGGGUACUGUAAAUAUGCACUAGUAAAAUCAAUCUCCAUCGGUGAACCCAGGGGUAGACUUGACCUUUGGUUAGCGCAUAGAGCCAAAGGUUCGCAAAUUCAAAAAUAAUUAAAUUUAUCCGUAUUACAGUGACUCAUUUAAACCACCUCUCUCUAUAUGUAAUUCAAGUCGCCUGGUUUUUACCAGUCAGUUUUGUCAACGUACAAAUGUAUUUUUUAGUCUUACUACUGGUGCUAAAUACAAUCGAAAGUGACGAUUUUCUUUGGAGAGCCUCGAGGCGAUUAAAGACCAUGUUUCUGGCGCACAGCUGUUUUCAAACGAGGCGCUCAUCAUUUUUAGAACCAACAUGUUUACCUAACACAAGGAUCCUUCUUUGUAAAAGCGCCGAAUUCGUGUAACUAUGUUGAUGAUAAAAGAUAUACUGAUCAAAGCAAUGAUUUCUAGUUUUUGCGAGAGCAUGUAUUUGAGUUAUUUUCGUUUUCAAUCAAACGCGUGGCAAGGUGAGGGUGUGAUAUUUUUUCUCUCACAAGUCUCACAAUGAAUAAGGUGCGAGUUUUUUUUAUUUAUCUUUUGCAAAAAAAAAAGCGGGUCCUGCUUAAAAGUAAGUCUCUCUCAUUAAAAACUAUCGGAGAUUUACAGCGGAUUUUAAAAAUAUUUGUUAAAAGUAAGGAGCUGUCAACAGCUUCUCCAAAUUUUCGCAGAGAGCAGGCGCUGGCGCACAGCUGUUUUCUAAUGAGGCUUACUUUCUGAAACCAACAAGUCUACCUUAGAAGAGUAUUCUGUUUUACAAAAGCACAGAAUUCUUGCAACGAUGUUGAUGACACAAGAUGUACUAAUC